UUGGGUACAAGAAUUACGCAGUAAACUAAAACCUGUGACUCGUGCUAUAAUACAAAUUAAGGCCAAAACCUUAUCUCAAAAAUCACCUUACAUUACUUAUUGUUCUGGUAUUACUGAAAGUAAAUUUAGCAAUAAGUGGGUUGAUGGCUUUAUGACUCGUUACAAAUUAAGUAAUCAGCGUCGAACAUCCAUAGCUCAAAAACUCCCUGAAGAUCUUAACAUGGACGAAACCAAAUUAUUAUUCAAUCUUUCAAAUAAUACUAUAAUUGAUAAUUGUAGUGCAAAUAUAUUUUUAAUUCGGACCUGUGAACAUAAAAAAUCAUGUUUUACCGUUGUACUUACUUGUUUAGUUGAUGAGACUAAAUUGCCUCCA